GCUUGGCGAUCACGGUUUUAGCAGAAUUGGAGGUCUCGAAUGGAUGCAAGACAGGGCAACAAACGUUCUAGUUCACCAUCUCUGGGGCGCUCAGGCGCUUACAAGCGGAUACGCAGUGAUAACUACUCAAGCCGAAACGGAUCCUCACCUCGCCUCUCUUCCGAUACAGCUAGCUGUACGUCGACACACCCAGCAAAUUCCUUCUCCGACCGACCUCUGGCAACCUUCCCACUUUAUCCCCUAGACCGUUUUCAAACGCGAUGUGCACAGUAUCAACAACCAACCGAAAUCGGAUACUUUUCAUAUAAUGAGAAAAGAGAGAUGACCCUUCAAAGCGAUGCUGAAUUGAAGUGGUACUAUGAACCUGAUCUGAAAGAUUGCGAUUUAUCGGAUGGCUUCCCCGAUCGCUACAUUACACGAGAUCCGGUUCCGGAGAGAUUAGAUGCCUUACUAAAGUGUCUGCAGAAUGUCAACGCACUAGCAGAAGAGUCGGGAAAAACGGGGGUUACCCCCAACUUUUGCACAUGGCGGGGAAUCAUGACCAAGAUUCUUUGCACACCCUACUCACGAGAUGAAUGGGAGCUAGGUGUAACCCGCUACAAGGAUACAAUCUAUAUGGAGGAACAUGAGUCAGACGAAAAACGGCAACAUGCCUUCGGUGCUUCCGACCGGGAUAAACUCAUGAGUUACUGGGGAUAUAAAUUUGAAUCUCUCAGUACUAUCGAUAAGCCUCCUUCAACCCUCACUGGACCUGAUGACGAGGCACUGCAAAGACGAAAGGAAGAAUGUGUGAACACAAAUGUGCAGUAUUGCAGCGUGGUGCGGACACGGUUAGGGAACAACAUUUUGGUCAUGGGGGCGGAAGUGGAUUGUCUGGUUGCUGAUGCAAAGCCUACCAGUAAUCCUCAAAGCGCGUAUGCAGAACUAAAAACAAAUCGUAUCAUCUCCAAUGAACGGCAGCAGAAAUCGUUUGAGCGACACAAGCUUCUCAAAAUUUGGGCGCAAUCCUUCCUUCCUGGUAUACCUCGAAUCAUUAUUGGCUACCGAACGGACUCAGGUCACAUCCAACAUAUCCAGCACCUCAAAACCAUGGACAUACCCCGCAUGGUUCGCGGCACGCAGCCCAAUAUAUGGGACGCAACCGUGUGUAUCAAUUUUGCAAAUGGGCUUUUAGAGUUCUUAAAGGGUGUUGUGGUGGAGGAUGACCCAGAUGUGGUUUACACUGUUCGAUUUGGGAAGCCUUUUGGGGAAGUCAGGGUGUUGAGGAGAGAAAAGGGGAAGGUGGGACUGGAGGGAGUAUUUGUACCGGACUGGUAUCGAACGUAGCGUAGCUUGGGUGCCGUUUUGGUGCAGUUCUGGUAGGUUGUGCAGAGUUGACCUCAGUGCGAAGAUAGUGCUUGGGACAUAUCUACCCAACAGUCUAGAAUGCUGCAGAUUUCUACGAUCUAUUAAUCUCAAAGGGCGUACAUAACCCUACUCUCUGGAUGGCAAUGUUCAGUGUGAGCGUUCUCUGGAUGUUCUGGGAUGAGCCUGCACCAUCGCCUCACUUUCCAUCGGUUCGGUCCUUUGGAUAAUUCAACUGGAUGUGCCAUUCGCCCUGGUACAGUUCCAAAUGCAUUCGUUAAUGAGAUUUAAUUGCAAC